AUGUACGCAGGCCUUCGCGCUGACAGCGCUGUGGGGAUGAGUGUUGCACCAUCGGCCACCUUGGUGUCUAGCCGCAGCAUGGAGGCGACGCUGCUGCGGCGGGAGUGGGAGCUUCGCAGCGAGUAUUAUCGGCUGUACGCCGAAGACCAAUGGCACAUACGCCAGCAGCGCGAGGAGCAGCGCCGACAGGAUGACAAGGCGGAGCGGCAGCGCAUGAUCGAAGCGGCUCGAGUGAUUGAAGAAGAGCGCGCGCGGCGUGUGGCGGAGCAGCAGGAGCACCUUCUUCAGAAGGAGCGAGAGCUCGAGGAGUGGAAGCUCGAGCGGCUGAAAGAGGCCAACUCAGCGCGUCGUCAGCAGCAGCAGGAGGAUGAACGCCGUCGCGAGCUGCAGCACGAGCGUGAGCUGGCCCGCGUCAAGGAGGAAGCGGCCUCGGGGAGGAAAGCUGAAGAGGUGAAGGUGGCGGUGGAGCAGUCGCUGCAAAGGAUGCAGAGCACCAUGCAGGAGCAGCUGCGCGAGGAGGUGCGCGCGCUGGAGGCAGCGCACAGGUCUGAACUCACACGUCGCGAAGAGGAGUGGGCGACUCGCGUGAAGGCGAUGGAGAUCAGCCGAAGCACGGAGCUGGCUGAGCUCACGCACCAGCUGCAGCUCGACCAGACACGCGCCACUCGCAGCGAGGAGCAACUGCGCGAAGCCCGGGACCAACUCACGAAGCUCUUACAAGAAGUCGAUCAACUGCGUGUUCAGCUGCAGUCGGGCGGCCCGCGCUUCGAGCGGGAUCGCGAGGCGGCGCAACGGCUGGCAGAGACGCAUCGCAGCGCGAUAGAGCGUCUGCAACUGAUGUACGACGAUGACAAGAGGGCGCUACAGCGCCGCUACAUGGAAGACCGCGACCGCGCCAAAUAUGAGCAAGAUCGCCGCGCUGAGGAGCUCAAGGAGAGCCACGCUGCGGUGCUGCGCGGCAAGGACAGCGAAAUUGACCAACUCAGUGACCGUGUUCGACAGCUAGAGCGCGAGCUGCAGGAUGAGAGCACAAAAGUGGCGUUGCUGCGUACGAGCGGGGAGCAGACGAUCCCCGUGAGUGUCGAGAAUGCUCGCCUCAAGGAUGAGGUGCGGCAGUUGCUGACGGCCAAGGCAGAGCUGGAGGAGACCACAAAGCGACUGGAGCGCAAUCUGCGUGAGGCUGACGGGCGGGUAGAAAACCAAAACAAGCAGCUGCGGACGCUGCAGGCUGACACAGUGUCGGGCCAGCGUCAGCUGACAGAAGCCCGGGAUGAGCUGCGCCGCGACAAUGCCGACCUCAAGAGCCAGAUCGCUAUGGUUCGGAAUAGUUAUGAGGAGGAGGUGAUGCGGUUGCAGAAGCAGCUCAAGAGCACAGAGGAGGUGGCCACCCAGCAUGUCAUGCAGGAUAUGGGGCAGAGCGCGCGUGAGGCGGUGGAGAGGGCUGAAGAGGCUCGUCGCAGCACCGAGAACAGCCUUGCAGAGGUGAUGCGCAAGCUGAAGUUCGCUGAGGAGGAGGUGCAGUCGUCGAGGCGUAACGCUGAGGCAGCGCAGUAUGACGUCGCUCAGGCACAGGGCCGCAUUCAAGAGCUGCAGGCGAAGGUAGAAGAGCGCGCCGCGCAGGUGCGCGCGUUAGAGACUGAGUUGCAGAGUAAGGUCAAUUUGGGCUACGAGGUGCGGGAGGCAAAGGAGCGGGCGGAGCGGCUGCAGGCCGAGUACGAUGCGGAGCGCGAGUCGCGCCGCAGGCAGCACGAGGCCGCUCUAGAGGCGAAGGACCGAGAGCUGCAGCAGUGCCGCGCCGAUAUGCUGGCAGUGAAGCAAAGGUUUCACGCGCUGCGAGCGGAGAGCGACACCUCCAAAUUGGAUCGUGAGGGUCACCAGCAAAGACUCACUCGCCAACUCACGGAGAGGGAGGAGGAGGUGGCGCAGUUGCGCCGGCAGCUUGAGGACAGCCGGCAGUCGCUUCAGCAGUGGAAGGCGACCUACGAAGAGCUGCAGCAGAGCAGGGACACCAGCACAGAUGGCUACCAGAAGGUCGUUCGCGAGCGGGACGAGGAGCUGCAGGAGUGCCAUCGCCGGCUGCGCCAAAUGCAGGACGAAAAGGCCGAACUGGAGCACCGUAUGCGGGCCGAGGAGGCUGCCCGAAUCUCCGUCACUGCGCAGAGCAACGACGUACAGCGGUCGCUGCGUGAGCGAGAGGCGCAGAUCGAGCAGCUGGAACGCGAAGUGCGCGAGUUGCGGGCACAGCCGGCGCUGCUGUCGGCCCUGGCUGUGCCUGUCGCGUCGCCUCUUCCCCCUUCUGGGUCACUUCCACCUUCUCUGCCUCAUGCGCCAAAGGCUCCGCUGCUCUCCAGUAUGACACUAGCGAGCGCACCCCCUAUCACCGCUGACAUCACACCCACCUCAUGCGCAGCUCCACCGUCGGUGAUGCUGCCUGCGAGCACACCGAAAGCGCCUCUUGUAUCAACGCUGCACAGUACUGGCGGCCCGACUGCGGCCCCGCCGGCCCCUGUUAGCGCCUGGGAUGGCUUGCCACCACCACCGCGGCCUUCAUCGAUCCCAACUGCAGAAAAGUCUCACGUCAUGGCGGUGCCGUUGACGCGCUCCCUCGACCACGGCACGGCUUCGACCGAUGGCACCACGGAGGGAACCCCGCUGAGCAUCCCCGUCCCAGUUUCGCUGUCGCUAUCGCCAUUCCAAGUCGGCCGGCAGAGCGGCGAUGGCCCAUCGCUGACAAUCGCCGUUCCCACUCCUGCCGGCGCCCUCUCCCACACCGCGUCAGCAGCGGAGUACGCGAUCUCGCCAGCUCCGAUAACCGUCGCCCCGCGCAGUCCCCAUAGCGGCGCUACGGCGGUGCAGGCGGUACACGUGCCGUCGACCCCUGCACCGCCGCCCCUCCUAGGCGCGCAAGUGACUCCCACCGGUUCCACCAGCUCCUUCGCAUUGCCCUCAUCCACGGCACCGCCGCCGCCUGUCCUGUCCGUGGCCGGGGGCGUCCUCAGCGGUGUCGCUGGUGGUCCCACCCCAGUGCCAGUGCCGGUGCUCUCUCCGCACGCCACCGUACCGGUUCCCAAGGCCGGUGUUCCAAGCGUACCCGUGUCCGGCCCCUCUUGUGCCUCACCGUCCCCGUCAGCUGGCGGGUACGGCGCGUCACCGCCACCGCCGCCGAUUCCGGUACUGGUAGCAGUGCCGUCCUUCACGAGCACUUCUGCCCUCGCGGCGUCGGGCAACGUGGACAAGAGUAGCCGGCACGACCACCGUAGCCAUCGCCACCACCACCACCGCACUUGA